CGUUACAAAAAAACAGAAAGCUCUAAAUGCAGCUGUGGAUAUACACAAACACCUCAACACCUACUGCUUAGCUGUAGAAACUACAGAGAAGCAAGAAAGAAAAUAAAGAGCAGCCUACAGGAGACAAGACUUACAAUGUCUCUUCUGCUAGACACAAACAGGGGAAUCCAAGCUACACUAGCUUUUAUUCAAGAAACUAAAGUAGGCACACGCAAGUGGUACCUACAGCAAACAACAGACAACUAA